AUGAAGCUUGCUGCCUUCAACGGUAUUAGGGAGUACAUCAACAAGCAGUGGUAUUGGCAGGUGCCUACAGCCCUCCAGAUCACUGGGCUGGUUAGUCAGCAUGUGAAAAGUGGGUGGAAGAAGUGCAUACACGAUGUUGCAAGCUACAAGAGAUUCAAAAAUCUCAGGGGGGAACGGGCACAUGGGAGGCAUCCUCAGCUUCAGCUUCAGUGGAGCUUGGAAAGGCCGUUUGACCAGAGCGUCUUUCUCUGGCACAUGGCCACCGACCUUUGCUUUCACAACCAUGGCACUGGCAGCACAGCCUCUCGCGGACAAGAAGAGUGUAUCAAUGGAAUCAGAGUGAUAUCCAACUACAUGAUGUACCUACUAUCCAUCCCUCCUCAUAUGCUAAUGCUCGGCACCAGACCGGGAAUCCUGGACUUGGCUAUCUAUGAGCUCGACAUCAUCUUGAAAGGCAGCAAUGUGUCGCUCCACAACGAAGAGGCGCUCGCACAGGAAAUCAUGAACACGGUGAAGUCGACGGCCCCUGUUCCUACACAUGAAGUCAUGGUGCAUACUGCUAAGGUGGAGCAGCCGGUCACAAUCAGAGAACGGACAUACACUAUUACCCACAUUCCGGAGGCAUGUCGCCUCGCUGAAGAGCUAAUGAAGCUGGGAGAGGAGGCGAGGUGGACAGUGAUCCGAGGUGUGUGGGUGGAGAUGCUAUGCUACUCUGCAAGCAGAUGCAGGGGCUAUCUACAUGCCAAGAGCCUAGGUGAAGGUAGGGAGUAGUACCUCACAACCGUCUGGCUCCUCUGGGCGUUCCUCGGCAUGGAAACCUUGGCAUCCAUGAUUCAGAGUCCAGAGCCUACAGACAAAGAAGAUAUAAAUUAUGGUGAUGAUGAGAAUGAUGAUGAUGAUGAGGAGGAGGAGGAGAAGGAGGAGGAGGAGGAGAAUGAGAAGAAAGAAAAGAAAAGGGAAGGCGCUUCAACUUCUCAAGUCCAAGGCCAAGCUGAUCAACCCGUGGAGAUGUGCCCAGUUUGAUGGAUGGCAGUCCGUGGUCGUUCAAAGUCUGCGCCAUAUGUGUACUAGUACAAUGUCUUGGUGAGCACAAUUUGUGUAUGUAUUGAGAUUUGAGAAUAAACGGAGGCUAACGCUCUCUCCUAUUGUACCGCUUAAUAAACUGCUCAAUGACCAUGGUCGACCC